UACUUCUCCAUCCCUUAGCCUGUGCCCCUGUUCCGAGAUGAUACGCCCCGGGCCCCAUAGCGUUAACGCCCCUCCCUCUCCCAUGGCACCCCCGUCCCCGGCCCUGUGUUUGCAGGAUGUCCCCGGACUCCCCCUCGGGUUGGCGCUGGCCGCGCGGUGCAGCUGGGUGUAAGGUUAUGCUUUGCCGGAUCCGCUCUGACCCCGGCUGAACGAGCCAUUCAUUUAAAGUCAUCGCCAAGAAGACCCGCGAAGUCCAGCCGGCCGCCCGCUGCGUCCCCCCCGAGGGUGUGACUUAGGGCAAGAAGAGGACGCUGCUUGUUUGAAUCCAGGGGUGUUUGUCACCCUCGGCACGGCUCGGUUUCCUGUGCUGAGUCUGCCUGCGACAGCGAUGAUUGCCAUUAGCUGUUUUCUCUAGUAAUUUGCCAUAAUGAUCCACGCUGUGUCUAAGGGAAAAGCCACGGGGUUUGUUUCAAAGGAGCUGUUGACAUGAACGUGAAGGAUAGUGGCACAAACCAGAGAUGUCCGUAUAUGUUCGGUGAUGAUUGAGAGAGACGCGGUUGAAGAAGAUGAAGAGCCUGGCUCAAAGACGUCAGUCUGCACCAUCUCUGGUCCUCAGCAAAGCACUUAACAAGUCCAGAACUAUCACCAGGGAAAGCUGUUUCUCCCCAAUCAGUCCAGAAGCAUGUCCCCUCGUGCAGUCCUUUAUCUGCCCCAACAGAGCCUUUGUACUUGAUGGUCAUGUGCAGUUGAAGACGGGCCUUCAGACCCAGGAACGGCACCUUUUCCUCUUCACAGACAUCCUUGUUGUUGCCAAGUCCAAGUCACCAUCUCAUUUCAAACUAAAGAGCCAAGUGCGUCUCUGUGAGAUGUGGACGGCAUCCUGCAUGGAAGAGGUCUAUGAGGGCAGCACUAACCCGGAAAGGUCCUUCGUUAUAGGCUGGCCCACCACCAACUGUGUUGCUAAUUUUAGUUCCCCAGAGCAGAAGGAAAAGUGGCUCUCUUCCUUGCAAAGUCGAAUCAAAGAAGAAAAAGAAAAAGACUAUCCCAAGAGCAUUCCGCUGAAGAUCAUUGCGAAGGAUGUUGGCAAUUGUGCAUAUUCGAAAACGCUCACUGUAACCAAUGCUGAUACAGUGAAUGAUGUGAUUCUCACAGCCCUGCAGCAGCUGGGGAUUAAUGGCUCUGAAAAAGACUAUCAGCUGUGGGUGAAUUCGGGAAAAGAAGAUGCUCCUUACCCACUUAUUGGACACGAAUAUCCCUUUGGAAUUAAAAUGAGCCACAUUCGAGAUGCUGUGCCCCAGACACAGGAAUCGAAAGACUGUGCCUACCCUCUCAGCCUUCAUGGGUCCUUCUUAAUGGAACAGCUGCCCCGAGAGCUGCAGUGCCAGUUUAUACUGAAGCCGAGUCGUCUGGCUUUGUGCGAGCAACUGAAUGAACUAAGCCAAAAGCCAUUUAAAAGGAAAAGAUCAAUCAUAAACUGGGCCUUUUGGCGUGGUCCAGGCACUCAGCUGGACAAUAUACCACUGUCUCCAACGUCUCCUGUUCCAGGGAAACUCUUUGGUCUGUCGCUGCCAGCCAUCUGUGAGAAUGACAAUCUGCCCAAACCUGUCUUGGACAUGCUUUUCUUCCUUUACAAAGAGGGGCCUUUUACCAGGGGUAUUUUCAGACGCUCAGCAAAUGCAAAAUCCUGCCGAGAACUUAAGGAGAAGCUUAAUUUGGGAGCUGAAGUGCACCUAGCUUGUGAAUCCAUAUUUGUGACAGCCUCCGUGUUUAAGGAUUUUCUUCGGAACAUCCCAGGCAGUAUUUUUUCAUCCCAGCUCUGUGAUAAGUGGGUCUCUGUGAUGGACCAAGGGAACCAUGAAGAGAAGAUAAAUGGCGUCCAAAGGCUAAUACAGCAACUCCCCAGAGCCAAUGUGGUUCUUUUACGUUACCUCUUUGGAGUACUGCACAGUAUAGAAAAGCAAUCUGAAGAUAACCAGAUGACUGCAUUUAAUCUAGCUGUGUGCAUCGCACCCAGCAUGCUGUGGCCUCCUGCUCCCUUUAGCCCUGAAACAGAAAGCGAAUUCACCAAAAAGGUUUCUAUUCUGGUACAGUUUCUAAUUGAAAACUGCUGCAGGAUUUUUGGAGAGGAAAUUUCCACCCUCUUUGGGGACAUACUGAUACGAUGUGACAACAGAGAGGAUGGCUCAGAUUUCUCUUCCUUUCAUCUGAAUGAUUCUUCUUAUGACAGUUUGGAAAAUGAGCUGAAUGAUGAUGUUGACUCUUCAUUUAGUGACUUGAUCAAAAAACGAGGUCAAGAUAACAGGAGCCGGGACUCAGUUUUGACUCUGAGUGAUUGUGACUUGGACCAGCCUGAGGUGGAAGAAAUUAAAAUUCAACUGCCACCCAAAUCAAAACCAGUGCGAAUUUCUACUGGAUCACACCAUGAAUCUGCGUUACAGGAUCACUCUGAGAAUGAGUCUCUUUGCUCCAGUACCUCUGGCUGCUCAUCAGUAAUGGUCCCGGAUGCUCGCAAAAGCUUGAGAAGACAGAGACGCUGCUCAGAGCCCACGAUUGGCCUUCUUGCCUCUAAGUUCAGCCACCGCAGUGAGGUUCAUGAGAAUGCUGUACGUAAAGCCAGCUGUGAUGCAGUGCUGUCGCACGUAGAUGAAGACUGUCUCAAGCAGCUUCGUUCAUUACAGGUGGAAGGGCAAAAGCUUAUUAAUCAGAGUUUAGUUAUGGGUAUCGAUGUAGGUCAGAGUGGCACCGUGGGCCAAAAUGGUGAAAAGAAAGACUUGUCCAAUUGCCUCCUGCCCCCACCCCUGCUGAGAUUAAAUAUUUGCUCAAGAACUAGCUGUUCUAGUUUAUCUUCUCCCGGAACGUCCCCAUCUGGGUCCUCAAUGAGUUCCUUGGACAGUGCUUUCUCUCAGUUUUCAGACAAUUCAGUAUUUACUCCAACUGAGACCUCCUCUCCUUUGGAUUGUGCUUUUCAGCCUCAAAAGAAACAUGGAGAGCUUUCUCCUGAAUUUAACCCUUUCUCUGGAGUACACCUGGGUGCUGGCCUCAGUUCUUUUCCUAACCAAGCCAGCAGCAGCAGCUCCGUUUGUGUUAGAAAAGAGAGUCAAAAAAGCCCUGUAACUCUUCAUCCCAGCACAUGGCUAAAGAACGGAGCUUCCACAAUGAAAAAUUGGACUCUCCGAAAAAAGGAAAGAGUGUCCAAGCAAGAGGAGAAAAAGAAGAGUGUUGUUAAAAUAACUUUGGAACCACAAACGGAUUCUUCGGAUGCAUCAGAAGAUAACUUAUGUCAAGAACAACGGCAAGUUUUAAAAACACUUAUGUCAACAGGAGGAAUUAAUGUUGCGGAAACAGUGCAGGAGGGCAACUUUUCUUCUUCCCGGGGGGGUGGGCAGCUAUGCAGCUCUCCACUUUGUUCAGGGGAAGCCAAAGACAAGAGACUAAAGGCGUUGGGGCUUUUGGCUGAGCAAAGCAAGGAGGAGGAAGAGGAAGAGGCAAACUCUCUAUUUGUUCAGUCACAUAAAAGACAGCUGUCCAACACUUUCACUCAGUGCACAAAUCCAAGGGCUGAGCAUGCUCCUGAGCCAGAGGAUGUUGUCAGUGCUGGACGUGAACUUUUCAUCAAGGACAGCUUAAGUAAGACUCUGAUUUCCACAGACUUAGGAGGCCAGCAAGUGACAAACUCCAGGAACAACAAAUCUUUGCCAAGUACUGAAUCAAAAAAUAUUGAUGAGUCCAAAAGGGGCUUCUCUCGGUCUCCAAAAACCACAAAGGCAGUUGAUGACUGUUUGUUUAAACCUGAUGUUAAUAAAUGUCUUCAGAAAUCAGAGGAAGGGACCAAGACCAUGGUCCAAAAUAAAAAGGAACGGCCAAACAAGCACUGCAGUGAUCCCCAGUUUGAAGAGCUUGACCAAAGGUUUUUUGCCGAGGAAUCUUACGUUUAAAAUCACCACCUUUGGGACUAGUGUCGGAUCUGCUUAGGGUUUGAUAUCCCAAGAGACAAAUUUUCAGUGUGGGGGGCUACAGAACUCAUCCUGUCAUUAUGGGAAUUAUCAAAUUAACUUCCCCACAUACUAAUAUUGUGAUUAACUAUCUUCCUAGAAUCUGGGAAGGUCCCAGGAAAUUGUUAGGAGAAGCACUCCGAUCCAAGACACUAGCGAGUGCAGUAGUGUGUUUGAUAUAGAGUCCUCCUCUUGACCACUCCUGUUAAGCCUUGUAGAUGUAAGUCGGUGUCCUUUGUGGUUUUGAUGCAGUAUACAUGGUCAGCAUAGAUUCCAUAACUGUGGUAUUCUAUUACUGGUUUGAAACUAUGAUGGUUUUUACUUUCAUUGCCCUUCAAGGAAGAAGUGUCGUGCUUUGUCUGUUAACAAGGUAACUGUUCAGUAGUUCCAGUCCUCUCCAUCUUGCAGCAAAAGAAGAAAAACAAUGUAAGCUUGAAAAAGAAAUGACAUUAAAUGCUGAAGCUUGUAACUAACAACUCCCAACUCUGUGUGUGUCGUUUAUUGUGCUCCAUUGGGUGUUCUUUUUAUGUUUAAGUUGUGAAUAGUUUAUUGAUAUUGCUGUAAAAUGGCAUGUAUCAUUGCAAGCAGAACACAUGUAAUUUUAUUAUGCGCCAUCUAAAUCAUCUUAUAAUAUAUUAAAAGUAAUGCAUUAUCUAAAAUGCUUUGAGUUUGUAUAAUAUAUCUUGAUAAAUUUUGCUAUUAUAUAUGGUCUGAAAUAAAUGUGUAUUUUUGUACUUGCAGAAACUGCUGCUAACUUUACAAAUUCCGUUUUUGUUGUUACGGCACUGGUAUUGGUGUAUGCAUUCAAUGCUGUACAUUAAAUAAAAUUCAUUCUGUCAUAAAGUCAACCAAAACAA